CCGGUCAAGUAGGAAGUCGGGAGUUACACAACGUCAUCCACUCGCAUUUCCUAUUCUGUCUUCAUUUUUAUUUCCUUCGCCGUCGGAGCAGCGUGAAAACUUUCGCAAGACCAGUUGAACCGCGAACAGCGACCUGAACGCAGUGUUAAUCAUCUAAUGCCCACGACUAAUCCAAAUUCGUGGCAGUGUUUCUCUUCGAAAUAUCAAGUCAUGCUUUUUUUUACCACUGCGGUGUUUGUGGCAAUCGCUUCGAUCUACUGGUACCUCACGUGCAAUUACAACUAUUGGAAAGCACGUGGUAUCCCCUUUCCAAAACCACGAUUAAUUUUUGGCAACGCGAAAGAAAUUACUCUGCUUAAAACUACGAUCGGUGAGGGUCUCCAGACUAUAUAUAAAAAAUAUGAGGGAUGUUCGUGUGUGGGAAUUUACGAACUCAGAACACCGGUACUCCUGUUACGGGAUCCAAAGCUCAUCAAACUCGUUCUGGUCAAGGAUUUCAACCAUUUUCAAGGUCGAGGUAUCGCGUCAAACGAAAGCGCUGACCCGCUUUCAGCCAACCUUAUCAACCUUUGGGGGCCCAGGUGGCGGGUACUGAGGACGAAACUGACUCCCGCUUUCACGGCUGCCAAAAUUCGAAACAUGUUUGACCUGAUCGCCCAGUCCUCGAGGCAAUACAAGGACUUUCUGAAGCAGUAUGCUGAUUCCGAAGAGGAUCUGGAGUUCAGGAAUAUCGCUGCAAAAUUCACAACACAAGUUAUCGGUACCUGCUGUUUCGGGCUUCAGACAAACGCAAUCCAGAACGAGGACUCCGAGUUUCGAAGGAUGUGCCGGAAGGUCCUAGAUCCGUCAGCGGUAAUCGCGGUAAAACGAGUAAUCCGCAUGUACAUUCCAUGGAUGUUUCAAUGGUUAGGAAUGAGCCUGACUCCUCCGGACGUCACGGCAUUCUUUUUGGACGCCGUGCGUGACCUCGUCGAGUAUCGGGAAAAGUACGGGGUGAUCAGGCCUGACUUCAUGCACCUGUUAAUGCAGAUUAAGAACGAGGGGAAAGUAAACGGUGACGGAGAUUGCGACGUAAAUUGCAACGGGCAGAACUCUGGGAAGGUGGUCGAUGCUACAAGAGUUCUCAAGGAUCCGGAUAUCGUCAUAGACGAGAAAGUGAUGGCAGCACAGGCUUUCAUAUUUUUCCUGGCCGGCUUCGAGACGUCCUCUACAACUAUGAGCUUCGCUCUUCACGAGCUGGCGUCGAAUCCGAAAAUUCUGAACAAACUCACCGCCGAGAUCGAUGCAGCCCUGAACAAACACGGUGGCUUCUGCUACGAAGCGAUUUCAGAAAUGGACUACCUGGAUCGAGUGAUUCAAGAAACCUUGCGAAAGCACCCACCUGUCGGAAUGGUCCCCCGCCUCUGCAACAAGGACUACAAAAUUCCUGGGACAGAGACGGUGAUCGAGCAGGGUACCAAGGUUCUAAUACCCAUUCAUGCCAUCCACCACGACCCUGCCUACUAUCCAAAUCCAUCGCUUUUUGACCCGGACCGUUUUUUAGACGAGAACAAAAAGUCCAGGGAUCACUGCACGUUUCUGCCGUUCGGGGAAGGGCCCAGAAUAUGCAUCGGUACUCGCUUUGCGUACAUGCAGACGAAGGCUGGCCUCGUAGCACUUCUUUCAGGCUACGAAGUAAAUCUCUGCUCAAAAUCAAGCAUCCCGCUCGAGUACGACCCGACUGCCAACGUUCUAACCAGCAAAUCUGGGAUCCGGUUGAAAAUCCGUCAUCGGUGCAAACAAUUUGCACCAACUGUCUCGAGUAUCACUACCACGGUAUCACGGCUCACUACUAAUUUAUUGUACGGCAUACCUAAGACAGACCGCCACUGGCUCCAAAGCACGAAACGUACUGCAAAUAGCAAUGAUUGCAACUCGUUUAUACCCAUGCAAAUGAUCUGCAUUAAUUUUCCUUGUGAAAUUGAAAACACCCUAAACAUUUUUGGCCGUCACACUACUGUUAAGGCUUCACAAAUUUCUUCCACACGUGUUGGAAUGAAAAAUCACUGUAAUAGUAAUGGAGGGAAACAAUUUCGCACGUUCUUAAUUGCACCUGAGAAACAUUUACUUCAUAAUGGGGAAAAAAUGCGUUAUAGAUUCAGUUUGAAUGCUGAUCUCGCUGGAGCUUUGCAGGCCGAUCACGAGGGGGGAACGCUUCAAGAUAUAAGUGCGUUUCAAACGCGUACAAACUACGAAGCCGCGUGGGACUCAGUCGGCGGGAGGCGAGACUGGCUUCAAGACUACGGCGCCGACGUCCGCGUGGCCCAGAAAAUUUAUCGCCUCCUUUGCCUUGCCUAUUGCCUGUGCUUUGCCCCCGCGUGGUUGCAGUUUCACCUUGUCUCGUGCCCACGCGUGUUCUUUCUUCAAAACACUCGAGUCCCCUGGACGACGUUGGAGAAUUACAGUGCAAAGCAGUCCAAAAGCGUCGAAAUGAUUGGCCUGCUGAAAGAGCUGUUGGACCCGAUCCUUCUGAGUGGUCUCUUCAUCGGGAUAGUUUACUUCUAUUUUACGUCUACCUUCAAUUACUGGGAAUCGAAGGGAGUACCGUAUAAAAAACCUACGAUAUUCCUUGGAAACUUUGGACACCUUUUGCUGUUCAAGAAGUCGCAAUGCGAGGGAAUUCAGGAAAUGUACAACUGGUUCAAAGGCGAACGCUUCUUCGGCGUCUUUCGCGUCCGGACGCCGGCCAUCUUCCUCAGGGACCCGGACUUGAUCAAGUGCGUGUUCGUCAAGGACUUUGCGAUAUUUACGAACCGGGGUAUCCCGGUGAACAAUUCACAGGACCCGCUCAACGGGCACCUCUUCAACCUUGAGGGCAGAAAAUGGAAGAGUCUGCGGUCCAAGCUGACACCGACAUUUUCCUCCGGUAAAAUUAAGAAGAUGUUCUACCUGCUGGCCGAGUGCUCGAUGGAAUUCGAAAGGAUGAUCCACCGCUCCGUAGACCGUAACGAGCCUCUUGAAGUGCGUGCGUUGGCUGCCAAGUUCACCAUCGACGUGAUCGGGUCCUGCGCCUUCGGCAUACAAAUAAACGCCCUGACGGACGACAACUCGGCCUUCAGAAGUAUGGCCGAGAAGCUAUCCAAGCCCAGCUACAAGACUGCCUUCUGGAGGAUGCUUCGCACCUCGGUACCCGGUUUGUUCAAAAUUCUUCGGGUCCAGGUGAUCGACCCCUCAGUCACUAAAUUCUUCAAGAAUGUUGUAUUCGACAUGAUCAAGGAGCGCGAGGAGCAGGGCAUAAACAGGCACGACUUCAUGGAUUUGCUGGUCGAACUCAAGCACAAGGGGACUUUGGACGUUGAGCAUUCGAACGGCAGGACGCAGCCUCUCACCGAGGAGGAAGUUCAAGCUGCAAAGGAAAUAGAAUUGGAUGAAAAUUGUAUUGCGGCCCAAGCGUUUGUCUUCUUUGCGGCAGGAUACGAAACCGCUUCCGCGACGAUAUCCUUCUGUCUUCACGAGCUGGCACUGAAUCCCGAUGUUCAGGAGAGAACCAGGCAGGAUAUAAUAAACAAUCUUGAAAAACAUGACGGGAAAUUGACCUUCGAGUGUGUUUCUGAAAUGAAAUAUCUCGAUAAAGUCAUACUCGAAACUUUGAGGAAACAUCCGCCCGCACCGAUGUUGUCGCGGAGGUGCGAAGAAGCUUAUCGAGUGCCGGGAACGAAUGUCGUGCUUCCUACUGCUACCCGGGUGAUCAUCCCUAUCUACGCACUGCAUCAUGACCCGGAACAUUACCCAAACCCGGAAGAAUUCGACCCGGAACGAUUCUCCGAGGAAGUGAAGCGCAGCCGUCAUCCUUACACGUUCCUGCCCUUCGGGGAAGGCCCUCGAAACUGCAUAGGAAUGCGGUUCGCGCUGCUUCAGACCAAAGUGGGGAUAAUUUCACUGCUGAAGAGCCACACGGUCAAGCUUUGCGAGAAAUCCGCUGUUCCCAUGAAAUACAGCCGGCGAAGUCUCGUCACAGCUAGUGAAAAAGGAAUUUGGCUUCAGUUUGUACCAGAGGAAUGAUCAUCGAGUGACGUAGCCUGCUGAUCCAUCGCUAGGCUGUCAUACAAGCUGACGAAUCUACCUUCGCCUGCAGCCUUCGCGACUUAAGUUUACUUUCAACGUCUUGCUUUGACAUACAUAUAUUCCUACCGAGAUAUAUAUAUCAAUGUAUACAUUUCCGUGUGUGUUUU